ACGUGACAGCGACGACGUUGACAACAACGACGACGGCGGCGGUGGUGGUGGCGGCGGUGGAGGCGGCGACGGCGGAGUUGGUGGCAGUGCUGGUGGCAGCGGCGACGGCGGUUGUAGUGGUGGUGGUAAUAGUAGUUGUAUUGUUGUUGGUGGUGGUGGUGGUGGUGGUGGCGACGGUGGUGGUGGUGCGUCGUGAAAAGAACGGGACGCGCGAAAACGGACUCGAUGGAAAAGGGUAGCGGUACCCACGGCGGCAGAAGUCACCAGAUCAACGCGUGAAACUUAACCUAAUUUUAUCCGCCAUCGCACAGCACAAGGACGGCCACGAGGACGACGACGACGACAGUGAGGCGGAGCGAUCUUAAGAGGGUGGCCUCGAUACCAAGGGGAAAAAGCGACAAAGUAUCACUAUGAAUGCCAGGACGCAGCUGUUCGAAUUGAGCAUGGAAGGACGUCAGGUGGAUGAGGCAGUGGCAAGUAUAUUCCACAGCGUGCUAUUUCAUCGGAGUCUUGGCAAAUUUAAGUACAAACAGGAAGGCAGCUACUCAGUGGGCACUGUAGGAUAUCAGGACGUGGACUGCGACUUUAUUGAUUUCACUUACGUCUGCUGUUCGUCGGUGCACCUCGAUCAGACGCUGAAGCGUGAGAUAUCGGGUUUCUCGGAGGCGCUGCGCUCCACCGACAGUCCAGGUUCCGGUCAGAUAUCCCUAGAAUUCUUCCAGAGGAAAAAGAGUCGCUGGCCAUUUCAACCGGAAUGUAUACCAUGGGAAGUGUGGACUGUGCGCCUUGAACUUAUCAAAUUGGCCACCGAGCACGAACGGCAGAUAUGUCGGGAAAAAGUGGGCGAUCUGCUGACCGAUAAGAUCCUUUACAUCACCGAGGUCAUGAAUCGGCACGAUUACAUUCCAAAAGUGCCAAGUCAGGCCGAGCUGGAUCUGAUCUUCGAUACCUCGUACCCGGACAUACAACCGUAUCUCUUCAAAUUGUCUUUCACGACGUCUAGUCCAUCGACCACCACGAUGGGCAACACCAUGAAGAAAUUGAUUAGAGAGACACUAUCCAUUUAGUCGUUAUAACGUAUAGUGUAAACUCUUCACGUUAGUUGCAUUCGUUUAGCUUGUCAGAGUCAUCAAAAUGCAAAAUCUUAUACUUUCCUUUUUUCAUCUAUGAUGCACAAAUUUCUGCAUUGCACCGAGCGAUCUUUCGUAUUCACAAUGACUCUAACCUGCCACCUGUUACUAUGAGUUCCAAGAAAAACUAAAUUUGCAUUAUAAAGAAAGCAGAAUAGAAUUUCGAGUCUUCGACCACUUAUUCCCGGCGGAAAUUACCAAAGGUACUCGGCGGAGUACUUUGCCUAUGUGGUAGAUUUCGCUGGAUUUUGUAAGCUCCGUAAUAGUAGUAUCUCUUAUAACGAAAAUAAUAUUUCGUAUACAUUGCAGGGAUCCGCUGCUCUGUGUCUCUAAUGUCUCUAUAUAGUACAAAUGAAACACAAUACUGUGACACUUGCUUCUUUUGUACUUUACUAUGAACGUCCAUCGCAUAAUUUUAGCAGGAUCACAUUUAGUCACGUUUUAUACAAUAAUAUUUUAACCUCCUAACUCUCAUCACUUAAAUCUCCACAGAUGACGUGCUGUGGCAGACAUGUUCCUCUUCUCGCUUCUCAUCCUUUUCAAAUGCUGUGUAUAUCGUAGAAUAGAUUCAAAUGUAAUUUUCUUUAGUAGACAAAGAAUUUUCAUACGUCACAUAGAGAAGAUAAUUUGAUUUAGAGAAUAAGAAUACAGAGAUUUCGAGUCUAUAGAAGAGCAGGAUGUCUUCAGAUUCUUUAAUGUCUAGUAGAGUCUUUGAGAAUAUUAAAUCUUAAAAGUACUCGU